AUGGAUCUAGGGUCUCCCCGGCUCUUUAGCCACCCCCCAGCGACCACCAGGCUUACUACUGAUGUACUGGUCGUCAUUGACGAUAUCCACGCCCUCAAUUACCGUGAUGCUGCCGACAAAGUCCGCGGCCUCCUCCAGCUGGACGGGUACUCCGACGAAGACAAACUCAAGCUCUGGGAGGCCCGCCUCACGUUGCUUAUGUUCUAUCUGAUGAAUCAGGCUCGUCAGGAAGCCGUCGCCCUCAAUAACCAUCUAUUUCUUCUUGAAAAUGAUGCUCCACAGGCCGCAGUUUACCCGUUACCCCGCAACAACCCCAUGAUCCCGCUACUGCUUCUUGUGCUCCUUCUCCGGCUCAAAUUGAAGCCGCUGGUAACCGUUAUCAACGAGAUCUACAAGUUGGUUUAUCAAACGCGUCUAAAAUCGACGUCUGGCGGCGGCACUCGGCGCCAAUUGAUGGUGGCGCUGUAUGAGGUGUUGGCGGCGUUAGUGGCCAGCCACCAGUGGUUGGUGGUGCUCAACAUGGCCACACUGACGCUGGAACAAGCUCAGAACCAUGCUGGGUACGGUGACUACGCCAGCAACUUGCGGUUGGUGACGAUGAUCAUCACGGCGUUGGUCGGAGGAGAUACCUCUUCUGACGACUACCAAAGGCUAGAGAAAACUACUACUGAUCUGUGGGGGUACGUGAUGCAGCGUACGGGCGAGUAUAACGGUACAUUUGCCGAUAUCGCUGCCAUUGCGUCGCUGGCGGCGACGGUGGCCCCUGUGCUAGAACGGCUCCUCGCGGUGUGGACAUUGGUCACAUUGGGCGAAAUCGGCGUCGAUGACCUCGACCAGUUGCCUCUGAAACACGUUAACGCCGAUGUCGACGGGCUCGUGGAGGCAGUCACCGCCCACUGGCCCCGCAACCUCACCCAUUACUACGGUCACUAA